GGGGUUUAGUAUACCUACAGACACCAUGGCCAGCAGGAGGGGAAUCGCAUUCGCCGCUCUGGCCCUCAUCUUGAUCGCCUCCAGUCGGGGAUCUCAGUUCAGCAGGGACGAAAGUCAGGAGGAUCAGAAGACGGAGUUCAACCUGGCCUCCACUUUGACGGGCGGCAUAACGAGUAGUCGCCACCGCCAGCGGGCCAAUCUCAACUCGCAACUCUAUCCGGGAUUAGCUCAGCUGGGAGCGGGUUACGCGGGCGUGGGCGCCACUGGAUCCAUCGAUGAUGCCCAUGGCCAUGAGCAGGGCGGCUCUGGCGUACGAGUGGCCAGUACGAACUCUAUAGUUUUCCCCGGCAACCAGUUACCCAAUCCGGCACUAACAAUUACAGGAGGUCACCAGUUUCCGGCCUAUCCGCCUCCAGGAUUUCCAGCCCAACAGGCUCCGGUUCCGUAUCCAUCUGCAGGAGGUUCUUCGGGAGGGUCAUCUUCAGGAGGUUUCCAAAGUGCAGGAGCUGGUGGUCCUCCUGCUUAUCCAGCUGCGGGCGCAGUUCCUGCUCCAUAUCCCACUGGACUUCCUCCGCAGCAGCCAGGAGCUCCUGGUUACUUCUCAGGAACUGGUGCCUAUCCCUAUCCAGGAGUUUACUUGCAGCAGUAUCCAGGCUAUCCCCAGCCAGCUCAAUUUCCGGCAUAUGGAGUGGUUCCCGGUGCAGUUGCUCAGCCAGGAGUUCCGGGAGUAGCCGGUGUGCCUGGAGUUCAAGGAGUAGCCGGUGUUCCUGGAGUGGCAGGAGUCCCUGGAGCUCCAGCCACCAGCAACCAGAACUUCCAUCGCUAUCCGGAUCACAAUGCCGCUGAUCGCACCCACUGGGAUCACCACUUCUCGAUGAACACCGAGUACAAGGAGGACGGAGUCCACAAGGGACCCUUCGGAGUGCUCAAUAACCACAAUGCCUUCGGCUAUGGCAGUGGUUAUGGGGGCGGCUACAACGGCGCCUUCAACUCGCCGGCCUACUGAAGCUGGACGGGAUUACCGGUGGUGGGGAGGAGGGAAGGUGGGAAGGCGUGAGGAAAUCCGAGUCGUAGUCAUAAGUUGGCUGCUCCCUCUUUUGGGCAGGCCAAGGACAGCUGUCUUCGGCGAAAUAAACUUGAUUUCUGCACACCCAA